AUGGUCAAGAAGUCUCAGGAGUCCAAGGAGAAGAAGGCAUUGAAGGCAGCGUCUGGAACACGAAAGGACAAGAAGAAGUGGGGAGAAGCAAAGAAGAAGGAGGAUGUGCGCAAGAUAGUGACUGUGUCCGAGGAGCUGCUUGGAAAGGUGCGCAAGGAAGUGGUGCGAGCGAGAAUGGUGACACGGUUUUCUGUUGGGUCGCGACACAAUCUGAAUCUUGGAGUUGCGGAGAAUGUGUUGAGGCACCUGUGCAUGGAGGGAGUGAUUGAGAAGGUGCGAGGGAAUCCGCGGAUAACGGUUUAUGCGGCAGUGAAGGAGAAGGAGAGCGUGAAUGCAGUGGCGAGUGUGGAAGUGGUGUCAGAAGCAGUGUAG